AUGUCGUUUCAAGGUCGCAAACGCCGCGCACCUGACGGCGACAUCGCACCCAGCCAGACUCAGCGACCCCGUCCCGACAGCGACGCCGCAUCGCCCGAAAUGUCCGGCAGCGAUACCGAGAACGGCGGCUCGUCCUCGAAUUUUGGAACCCUGGUGAAGAAGAUGGUGCGAUUGGCGUUGGCCAGCGAAUAUGCGCGGUUACCGAUUCGCCGCCCCGAUAUCAGCACCAAGGUCUUUGGGGAACAGAGUGCGCGGCAGUUCAAGACGGUCUUCGAGGCGGCGCAGGUCCAUUUGCGCAAUAAGUUUGGAAUGGAAAUGGUGGAGUUGCCUGCGAGAGAGAAGGUGACUAUCUCGCAACGACGGGCCGCUCAAAAAACCGAAAAACCAUCCUCUACCAGCACCAAAUCUUGGAUUCUCACCAGUACACUGCCCGCGGCCUAUCGCACUCCGGUCAUCCUCCCUCCUACACGAGCACCCUCCACCAACACAGAAGGGACCUACACCGCCCUGUACAGCUUCAUCAUUGCCGUCAUCGCACUCAAUGGCGGCUCCCUGGGUGAACAAAAACUCACCCGGUACCUGCGGCGCAUGAACGCCGAUGAGAACACACCCAUUGACAAGACGGAAAAAUUACUCGCGAGACUCUGUCGGGAGGGAUAUCUGGUCCGGACCAGGGAGAUGGACGGCGGCGAAGAGAUCAUCGAGUUCAUGGUUGGGCCGCGAGGCAAGAUCGAGGUGGGCAGUGGGGGUGUCGCGGGCAUGGUGCGAGAAGUGUACGGGCAUGGCCGUGGAACCGGCACUGGAACUGGAGGGGCAGAUAAUGAUGACCUGACGCAGGCGGAGCGGGAAGCACGAGCGGAAUUCGAAUCGAGAUUGCGGACGAGCUUGGGAAUUGUCAGUAUGCGCGAUGAGCAACAGGCAGAUGAUGAAGAUGGGGAUCAGCAACGGCAGGCUGCAAGGUCAACCCAGCAGCAGCAGCAGCAGCAGCCGCCGCCGCCACCGCAAUCACAGCCGCAACAAUCGCAGCGAGUGGCUACUCGAGAGGUGACUCGAGACGCAGCUCGGACGACCCGUGUAAGUGAAGCUCCGCGACGGUCGUCAAGGAGGGCCACAACGGCACAGCAGUCAGAUGAUGAAGAAGAGGAUGAGGAUGAAGAAGAAGAAGAAGAAGAAGAAGAAGACGAAACAGAUGACUCGGACGGUUCGAUCAAAGAUGAGGAUGAGGAAACUGAUUGA